AUGGUGGAAUAUGGAAAAUACAGCAAUGAUCUCUAUGAGCUACAGGUAAUUGAAUGCUUACAGCACACUCUUGCUCUAAAGAUUGGUAGAUAUAAAGCCAGGGAUAAAAUGGCUGUCUUUAAGUAUUUAUAAAUAGAUAAUGAUUACAGCAUGCUAUCAUCUUUUGCAUAUGCCUGUCUAUGCUUUUUCUUGUUCAGGCCAGCAGAUGGGAAUGGAAAAAGUUGAAAGCUAAGACCCCAAAAAAUGGCCCACCUCCCUGUCCUCGACUUGGCCACAGUUUCUCGCUGGUGGGCAACAAGUGCUACCUGUUUGGAGGACUGGCUAAUGACAGCGAGGACCCCAAAAACAACAUCCCCAGGUACCGUUUCCUUAAGAAGGAAACGUGGGGUAACAGGAUAAACUGAUGCUGUGGAAUGGAAGCAAACGGAUAGUUUGUAUUAAGCAAUUAGAAAGACAUUCUGACUGAAAUCUCUCUUUUGUCACUAGAUACCUGAAUGAUCUGUACACCCUGGAGCUUCGUGCUGGCUCCAGUGUUGUGGGCUGGGAUAUACCAAUUACUUAUGGCGUUUUGCCGCCUCCUCGCGAGAGCCACACUGCAGUAGUGUACACAGAAAAGGACAGCAAAAAAUCUCGCCUGAUCAUCUAUGGAGGGAUGAGUGGCUGUCGUCUGGGAGAUCUAUGGACCCUUGACAUCGGUAGGCUCCUUAGUUAACAGUAUUGCCAUAUUAUUGUAUAUAAUCACUCUUUGUCUCUUACUCGCAUUAAUCAGUCUUGUCAAUGUAUUAUCUAAAUGAUCUUGCUCUGUCUGCAGACACCCUGAACUGGACUAAGCCAUCAGUGAAUGGCACAGCACCUCUGCCCAGGAGUCUCCACUCUGCCACCACCAUCACAAACAAGUGAGAUCUCCCCGAAUACCUGUUGGAAUUAUAUUAUGAUCAUUUAGAUCUCUGGAAUAACAAUUGGUUAAAUCUCUCAGCGGUAGCCUAUUUAUGAUGACUGCUUGAUUCUCAUUUCUUUGUCUACUUAUCAUUGUAGGAUGUUUGUGUUUGGGGGAUGGGUUCCCCUGGUUAUGGAUGAUGUGAAGGUGGCCACACAUGAGAAGGAAUGGAAGUGCACAAACACACUGGCCUGCCUAAAUCUCGGUUCGUCUCCCCAUUUUCAGUUAUUGGUGCUACUACUUGCAUUAAACCUUACACACUGAAUAAAGUUUAUCUAGAUUUUAUUUCUGUGUUAUGAAUUGAUCUACUUCAACAAACUCUGUCUAAGUGAAAACAUUCACUGUGACACUUCCAUUGGUAAAUGGCACAGUGUCACCUGGUGGUCAAAUUAUAUUGCUGUCAAAAAAUAAAAUGUAACCCUCAUGUUUCUUUUUACCCCAGACUCCAUGGCCUGGGAAUCAGUGGUGAUGGAUACUCUGGAGGACAAUAUCCCAAGGGCCCGGGCAGGACAUUGCUCUGUGGCCAUCAACUCCAGGUUGUAUGUCUGGAGCGGCCGUGACGGUUACCGUAAAGCAUGGAACAACCAAGUCUGCUGUAAAGACCUCUGGUACCUUGAGACAGGUGAGUCACCUCUAUGUUGCUCAUUUACACUGGUAAAACAAGCCGACAGUAUUUGCUCAACUGUGCUCUUGGCAAGGCUUACUCUGCUUCUGUUGAUUGCUUAUAAGAAAUGUGACCAUUUUGUGUUUUGGUUACAGAGAGGCCACAUGCUCCCUCGAGAGUGCAGCUAGUCCGUGCCAACACCAACUCCCUGGAGGUAAGCUGGGGUACUGUGUCCACCGCAGACACAUACCUGCUGCAGCUGCAGAAGUACGACAUCCCAGCUGCCACUGCUGUCACCUCGCCGGCCCUCAAUGCCACCUCCUCUCUGCCAGGGAACUCGCCUAAGAGCCCAGCCACAGCUGCUCCCUCUGCUCAGAACCUACCACACACAGGUAUCACUAUUGUGCCCCAGGCUUCCUCCCCUACUAUCCUUCCCAACAUGCCCAGAAUCCCGCUGGCUGCCUCCACAGCUCAUGGGCCAGGUAAAACCAUGGAUGUCCUUGUUCUGUGGAGGUUGUUUGUACCAUUUUAUGGACUAUUGUCACAGAUCGUUUUCAUUGUUCACUUUUACAGCCCAUUGUAUUUCGAUAACCGUAUACCAAAAUGAUAUGUAAAAAGCAGACCUCGAAGGCUCCAGACUGAGCCGGUUUUCUGUUGUUUUGACAGCUAUCUUGAAGGUUGCAGCGCCGCUGUCUGGCACGGGUACCUCCCUUGUCACUGUGCGACCCAACCAGGCUGGGAAAUCCCCUGUCACUGUGACAUCACUUCUUCCAGGAGUUCGCAUGGUUGUUCCUGCCCAGAACGCCCAAGGAACAGUAUGGACAAUUGUGAAAUGGUUUUGUUAUUCAAGGUUAAAGAGUAAUGUAAAGAGUAUUGUCUCACUCAGGACUGUUUGUUUUCCUUUUAGCCAGUUGGCAGCAGCCCUCAGAUGAGUGGCAUGGCAGCUUUGGCUGCAGCUGCAGCAGCCACACAGAAGAUCCCACCCUCUUCAAGCACUGUACUCAACAUUCCAGCAGGUGCCACCCUUGUCAAAACCAUGGCUGUCUCCCCUGGCUCCACUACAGUCAAAAUGGCAUCUCCUCUCAUGGUAAAACCUAUCAAAUAUCGGUCUGUAAAAAAAAUGAAACUCAAUGGCAGAAUGUGUCCGUUUGUCCGGCAGUCUCUGUCAUGGCCCAGUUUUGAAUUUACACCCUAAACACAUUUUGUUUUUUCUGCAUCCAGGUUAGUAACCCAGCCACUCGCAUGCUGAAGACAGCUGCAGCUCAGGUGGGCACAGCAACCGUAUCGUCACCUAACUCUCCCAACAGACCCAUCAUCACUGUCCACAAGUCAGGCACGGUUACUGUAGCCCAGCAACACCAGGUGGUUACCACCAUGGUGGGAGGAGUCACCAAGACCAUCACCCUGGUCAAGAGCCCCCUCACAAUGGGAGGCAGCGGCACUCUGGUGAGAGAACUAGACAGUCUUACAGAACACGGAGGGGAGGGAGUACAGGGAGAAGGCUGUGAGAAAUGUCUCUCCUUAUACAAGAUCCAACUUAAGAAUUUUAUAUGCAUGCCGUGAACUUAGAAAUUGUUUUUCACACUUUAGAAAUCUUAUAUGGCCUAGGCAUGAACCUGUGAUUGAAGAUGUGGCUGUGGAAAACGCCAAGAAAAGGAACAGCUUGAGUUCAUAGAUCUGCACGACUGUCAGGGUCAGUUAGAUUGGCCACACUCACAGGAUAGCCGUACUCACAGUUCAGUUGUCCACAUGACACUGAUCUCCUGAUGCCAAAUACUGUGAUGUUUUCUGGUGACUCAUAAACUUGAGUCUCUCUCCUAUGUCAGCAGAUCUCCAACCUUGGCAAGAUGAUGUCUGUGGUACAAACCAAGCCAGUGCAGACAUCGGCUGUUACAGGCCAGGCUUCCACUAACCCUCUCACACAGCUCAUACAGGUCAGCUAUCUGCAUGAGUGCAGGAAAAGGAGGUAGCUAAAACUCCAUGGACAGGCUCAGCCGGCUUUCAGUUGAUCAUGCUCAUAAUCCACUUUGUCUCCCGUAGACUAAGGGUACUCUCCCUGCCGGCACCAUACUGAAGCUGGUGACCUCAGCGGACGGCAAGCCCACCACCAUCAUCACCACGUCCCAGGCAGGAGGCACAGGGAGCAAACCCACCAUCCUGAACAUCAGCGGCAUGUCGCCCACCACAACCAAACAGGGCACCACCAUCAUCAAGACCAUCCCUAUGUCUGCUAUUAUGACCCAGCCUGGAGCCACAGGUCAGAACCAACUGACUUAAUGUUUCAGGGACAAUACAGCACAAUACAAUAGGACCAUAUGCUGACAGUUGUUUUUGUCGCUAACAGUGACCAGCAGCACAGGGAAGACGCCCUACACCAUCCUCACCACCAAGAUGAUGACCACUGGCACGCCAGGCAAAAUCAUCACUACAAUGCCCAAGCUUGGCACUGCAACUGGCCAGCAGGGGCUGACACAGGUACCUCACAGAAAUGACCCUUCCAAACUCUUGUAGAAUAUGCAUUAUUGAUAUGUUUAUGCAUAAUAUUUAUAGGCUAUGUGAAACAAUUGUAGAUGUUUCAGUUUUGACAUUGGUGCCCUUUCCCUUAAAAAAAAAAAAAAACGUUUAAAUAUCACCUGGAAUUUUAUAUUUAGUUACAUUUGAUAAAUAUCAUACGGCUAAGUACAGCAAAGCAUUUGGAGCAGUUGAAAUGCAUGCAUACUUCUGGGGACUAUAUUUGGAUCUGCUCUGUUGAUUAGUGCUACUAAUACUGUACAUUUGGCUGUAUCAAAUGUCUUGCCCCAGUGGAUGAGUGUAAUAGUGCCCCCUAGUGUCUCAAUUAUAUUAUUAUACCUACACCUUGGUUUUUUAGGUGGUUUUGAAGGGAGCUCCGGGCCAACCUGGAACCAUUUUGCGCACUGUACCCAUGGGUGGAGUCCGACUCGUCACCCCUGUUACGAUGUCUUCUGUCAAGCCCAAUAUAACUACACUGGUCGUCAAGGGAACAACUGGUGUGGAUAACGUUUCAUAAUUACACCUUGAUUAAAAAUGGCAAACAAGUGCUGUCUGUUCAAUUCAUAAGUAAGCAGUUACAUUUUAUCAACCGAAGUUCCAGCUGUCUGCCCCUUGUUGAUUAGUGCUUGGUUUCCACUAGGUGUCACCACUGUGGGAACAGUCACAGGGACGGUCUCCUCCAGCUUGGCAGGGGGCAUUGUAGCCAGUGCUAACGCCUCUCUGGUAACUCCCAUCACCACCUUGGGCACCAUCGCCACCCUGUCCAGCCAAGUUAUCAACCCCACUGCCAUCACUGUGUCAGCAGCCCAGACCAGUCUGACCACAGCCACUACCCUUUCCACCUCCAUGGUAAGACAGCUCUGUGCUAUUCUUUAUACAAAAAUGUAGAUGUAGCUUCAAUUAUGUUCUUGAGAAUUGGAACAUGAAAUGUCAUGCUGCACAAUGUGGUUAACUUUUUGAUUGGGUUUUCUCAGUCAUAAUCAAUACCUGAUGUGCUCUCAUUUCAGUCGGCAAACCAGCCAACCCAGGUGACUCUCAUCACCACCCCCAGCGGGGUUGAGGCCCAGCCAGUGCAGGACCUGCCUGUGUCUUUCCUGGCCUCACCCACCUCUGAGCAGCCCUCCUCCACUGAGGUCGGGGAUGCCCCUGGUACUGUCACCAUGGUCUGCUCUAACCCCCCUUGUGAGACCCACGAAACAGGAACCACCAAUACUGCAACCACAGCCUCCUCCGCUAUAGGUGGGGUGCAGAGGGUCUGCUCCAACCCUCCCUGCGAGACCCACGAGACUGGAACCACCAACACCGCAACGACCGCCUCCACCGACAUGGGCGGGGCAAUGAGGGUGUGUACAAGCCCUCCGUCAGAGACCCACGAGACGGGCACCACUAACAUCUCAACCAUCGCCCACUCCAUCAUGGGGUCUAACCAAUUGGGCACUGUCCAGAGUAGCUCAUCCUUUCACCCCUCAUCUCUGUCUGCCUCUCCCCCUCAGAUGACCACCUCUACUUCCCCUGGAACCUCCACAGGCAACCAGGGACCAGAGAACCUGAGCACUGGCACCACCUUCACCCACACCACGGCACGCUCCAACAUGGGCUCAGCCCAGACCGGCACCGUGCAGAGUCCCAAGCCAGCCGUCAGCUCUACGGUCUGCUCUAACCCGCCCUGCGAGACACAUGAAACGGGCACAACCAGCACUGCCACUCAGUCCUUGUCCAGCAUGGGUAAUGGGCAGACUGGCACUGUGCAGAGGGUGUGCUCAAACCCACCCUGUGAGACCCACGAAACAGGGACCACCAACACCCCGUCCCAGGCCAGCUCCAACAUGGCCGGGAACCAGACAGGGACGGUGCAGAGGGUGUGUUCCAACCCCCCCUGUGAAACCCACGAGACUGGCACCACCAACACGGCAACUACUGCCACAGGUAUACCGCUAGAAUAGAUACUUGUUGUUUUUAAUGUUUUUAUUUUAAUGUAGGUUUAUAUUUCAUGCCAUGUGUUGUGUUUCCUACAGCAGAUGGAGCAGACAGUGCCACCAGCAGUACAGAGACUCCCUUCACCACUGCAUCAGGAACAACCCCAGCCGCCACUCAGAGCAGAGCCAUCACUUCUGUGACCCAGUCCACACCAGCCCCGGGGCCCUCAGUACCUGUAAAGAAACCCCUAACUGAACUAACAAUGCUUUGCCAGUCUAGACUCUACUGAUACACUAGAAAUUCCACAAUUGUCAUAAUAAGAGUUUAGUUCUAAAUUACUCACUGGCAUGGUUAGGCAAAUUAUCAGCAACUAAUGCCAAAAAUAAAUUGAUUAUAUGGAAAUAAUUAAUUAAUCUUGUCCAUUUGAGAAUUUGCACUCAUUAAUUUCUAACAUUAUUUUUUUUUUUUUUACCUCCAGUCCAUUUCGUUGAUCACUGAGGGUGCAGCAGGUUCCACAGAAGAGCCCAUGCAGACAGACGCGGCUACGGAGGGGGGAGGCACAGCUAUGGAGACUGAGCUGUCCCCAGAGUUGUCAGAGGGACAGAUGGGGACAGGUCUGUCUGCAGAGGAGCUGGCUGUGACUGCAGCGGCGGAGGCAGCGGCGCAGGCUGCAGCCACAGAGGAGGCCCAGGCCCUGGCCAUCCAGGCAGUCCUCCAGGCAGCACAGCAGGCAGUCAUGAGUAAGUAUGGCCCUCAGAUUGGCAGUGUAUUACCAGGCAAUUGUUGGUAAAUGAUAAUGGAUUAAUCUCAAAAUACUUUCAAUGUGUGUGAAGACGAGCGCUACCCAACUGCAACAAUCUCACAAUCAAACUGCUUCUCUGCAUGCAUAGACGAGGGUGAUUCUGGCUCGGCCAGACAGCAGGCCACCACAAUUCCCAUCGUCCUGACCCAGCAGGAGUUAGCAGCCUUGGUCCAGCAGCAGCACCAGCUCCAGGAAGCUCAGGCCCGGGCUCAGGCGCGGGCUCAGGCCCAGGCUCAGGCCCAGGCCCAGGCCCAGCAGCAAGGAAACGCUCAGGCUCCGCCCACGGAGGGCCUUGCCCCCGCAGACAGCCUCAACGACCCUGCGUCUGAGAGCAACGGACACACCGAGAUGGCUGCAGCUGUCUCCAGCGCUGUGGCAUCACUGCUGCCGCACACAUCCACUGAGAGUAAGUAUUUCUUUAAAUGGUCUUUUAGGAGUGUAAUUCUUUGUUCUUACUAAUAGUGUUUCUCCAGGUCUUAAAUUGACCUCUCCCUCUUGUCCCCUUGAAUCUGCAGCCCUGGCCCCCUCAAGCACAUUUGCUGUUGCCAGUCCAGCAAAGCUGCAAGCUGCAGCUGCUCUAGCAGAGGUGUCCAAUGGCAUUGAGGGUGGUGUGAGUACUCAUAAUGUCCUGCUUUUAUCCUGCCUGUUUGAUCAGAAUUUGAGAGGAACGUUGAAUGGCACAGCAUGUUCUAAGUCCCUUUAUGUCGUGGUCAUAUACAGAAGCUAAACCUUCAACCAGCCCCUAUCAAGACUCUUGUAAAAAAAGAGAACCAGUGGUUCGACGUUGGCAUCGUCAAGGUGACAAACAUGGUGGUUACGCACUUCUUCAUCCCAGGGGACGAUUCUCAAGUAGAGGUAAGCCUCAAAGCUGGAUUCAUGCCUUUUAUGGCAUAGAGAUCAGAGUUCAGUGCAGCACUAACCAUGUGUGUGUUGUAGGAUGACUCGGGCGCCAUCCCAGACUAUAACCAGAUGAAGAAAAUGGAGCUGCAGCCUGGCACAGCCUACAAGUUCCGUGUCGCUGGCAUCAACGCUUGUGGUCGUGGUUCCUUCUCAGAGAUCUCUGCUUUUAAGACCUGUUUACCAGGCUUCCCUGGAGCACCUUGUGCCAUCAAAAUCAGCAAGGUAAAACUGCAAACUAGUCAUGGAACAAUUACUGUAUUAGGGCACCCUUAACAAAUAAUCACGGAGGUUGUCGUUUUUCUAGGCUUGAUGGAAUGUGGAUUGUAUUUCUGCUGGUUUUGCGUUAAAACAACGGUUCCAUCUUUACCCCUCAGAGCCCAGAUGGUGCCCACCUCACCUGGGAGCCUCCCUCGGUGACAUCAGGGAAGAUCAUUGAGUACUCUGUGUACCUGGCCAUCCAGAGCACCCAGACAGCUGAGCCCAAGGCCUCCACCCCAGCCCAGCUGGCCUUCAUGCGGGUGUACUGUGGGCCCAACCCCUCCUGUCUGGUGCAGUCCUCCAGCCUCUCCAAUGCCCACAUAGACUACACCACCAAGCCCGCCAUCAUCUUCCGCAUAGCCGCGCGCAACGAGAAGGGCUACGGCCCUGCCACACAAGUCCGAUGGCUGCAAGGUGGGUAGACUUUCAUUUAAAUUCUGCUGUUCAGCAAAAUGGAGCAGCGUCUUGUCGAUUAUAAUUAUUAGUUGUACUUGUUUUAAGUGUUUAACUACGGUUUCUCUUAAAUUGAUUUUUCCUCUUUUUAGAGUCCAGCAAAGAUGGCGCCUUGGCAAAACCUGCCCCAAAAAGACCAGUUUCCUCACCUGAUACGUAAGUACCUGGUUCCAUCUAAUCUAGCCUACAUUUCACACACAUUAUCAUCACUAACUGGUUGUGGAUUAACAUUUCCUCAACAAUGGCAAAUUAUCUUUAAAAUAAAUGGUUUGCUUUCUGUCUGUCCCUGCAGUAAGGCUGCUGGUCAAAAGAAAGCAAGAACGGACCAGUGA